AUGGACCGGUCAAACAAGCCCUCUGCCAUCGGGGUGAGCGCAUCGCUGCCCCAGCCCACCAUCUCUCUCCGCGAUAACACCGUCGAGGCCACCUUGCCUACCGGUGAAUCCGUCACCGUUCAUCUCUACGGAGCGACCGUCAGUUCGUGGAAGCUUGCAAAUGGCCAGGAGCAAUUGUUCUUGAGUGAGAAGGCUCAUCUGGACGGUUCCAAGCCUAUCCGCGGUGGUAUUCCUGUUGUGUUUCCGGCAUUCGGCCCUCCUCCCAAAGACCACGCUACUUCCUCACUUCCUCAACACGGCUUCGCACGGAACUCGAACUGGGAAUUCCUGGGCAAGUCAUCGUCAGAGUCAUUGGGCAAGGACCGCAAGGAUGGAGACGACGCCGUGAAGCUGGACUUUGGUCUUUCGCACGGCAUGCUCAGUGAUGAGUUCCGCAAGGCGUGGCCAUACGAGUUCGGGCUUGUGUACAGCGUCACCUUGACCAAGGACGGUCUUGGAACUUCGCUGCAGGUGCAGAACAAGGGCAGCCAGAACUUUGACUUCCAGGUUCUAAUGCACACAUACCUUAAAAUUGAUGACAUCACGAAAAUCCGCGUCAAGAACCUCGAGUCCAAGACGUAUGUCGACAAGGUUCGCAACGCCAGUACCUUCACCGAAGAGUCCUCCGCAUUACCCAUCACCCAAGAGACGGACCGCGUCUACCAAGCUCUAGACCCGAAGGUCCCCAUCGUCGUUGCCUCGUCCGACGACGAUCAGGCGAUCUUCUCCAUCACUCGCGAAGCAUUGAACGACGUCGUGGUCUGGAACCCGUGGAUCGAAAAGGCAAAGGGUAUGGCAGACUUUGGGCCCGACGAGGCGUACCAGAAGAUGAUCUGUGUCGAGGCUGGUUCUGUUUCUGGCUGGCAGACUCUGGAGGCGGGCGACUCUUGGGAAGGUGGACAGACGAUUCGCCCAAAGCUGUAG